UAUGUGGAGCAGCAUGAAAUUUCACUCGUGUGUUGUUCAGCUGCGAUUGGCGUAGGCCGGCCGAAUUUUCCCACACUUUUCCGUCGGCGCCCCCCCGUGCACGAGCGAGCGUCACCCCCCAGCAGCCGCCGCCACCUCCGCCGCCGCCUCCGCCGUCUCCGGUCCGGCCGCCUUGCGAGAAAAGACGGACAGAAACGGACACUUUUCGGUCAAAGGGAGAAGCACCCUCGGCCGCCCGCGGCCCCCGGCUAGGAUUGUGUGGAUGAGUUGCUGAAUCUCGCGAGGAAUCCGAGCAACAGACGAACUCAUCAUGGAUGAUGGUCACGCAAAGACGUCGGAAGAAGUCGUCGAGUUCUUCAACCUCGACUUCGACAAGGGCCUGACACCCGACCAGGUCAAGAGGAACCAGGAGAAAUAUGGUCUCAACGAACUACCCGCAGAAGAGGGCAAAACUAUUUGGCAGCUUGUUCUCGAGCAGUUCGAUGACCUCCUUGUCAAGAUCCUGCUUUUGGCCGCCAUCAUUUCCUUCGUCCUGGCUAUGUUUGAGGAAGAGGAGUCGGUGACCGCGUUCGUCGAGCCUCUUGUCAUCCUGUUGAUCCUGAUCGCAAACGCCGUUGUGGGCGUGUGGCAGGAGCGUAACGCUGAAUCGGCCAUCGAGGCGCUGAAGGAGUACGAGCCCGAGAUGGGCAAGGUCGUGCGCGGCGACAAGGCUGGCGUGCAGAAGCUGCGCGCCAAGGAAAUCGUGCCCGGUGACGUCGUUGAGGUGUCCGUCGGAGACAAGAUUCCGGCCGACAUCCGUCUCAUCAAGAUCUUGUCGACGACGCUGCGUAUCGAUCAGUCCAUCCUGACCGGCGAGUCCGUCUCGGUGAUCAAGCACACCGAUGCCGUGCCCGACCCGCGCGCCGUCAACCAGGACAAGAAGAACAUCAUCUUCUCCGGCACCAACGUCGCCGCCGGCAAGGCCCGCGGCGUCGUCAUUGGCACUGGCCUCAACACUGCCAUUGGUAAGAUUCGUACUGAGAUGACUGAGACUGAGGAGAUCAAGACGCCCCUGCAGCAGAAGCUUGACGAGUUCGGCGAGCAGCUGUCCAAGGUCAUCUCCCUCAUCUGCGUGGCCGUCUGGGCCAUCAACAUUGGACACUUCAACGAUCCCGCUCAUGGUGGCUCCUGGAUCAAGGGUGCCGUGUACUACUUCAAGAUUGCCGUCGCCCUGGCCGUGGCCGCCAUUCCUGAGGGUCUGCCCGCCGUCAUCACCACUUGCUUGGCUCUGGGCACCCGCCGUAUGGCCAAGAAGAACGCCAUCGUGCGCUCUCUGCCUUCCGUUGAGACCCUCGGCUGCACGUCCGUCAUCUGCUCCGACAAGACCGGCACUCUGACUACCAACCAGAUGUCCGUCAGCAGAAUGUUUGUGUUCAACCAGAACGACACGACCGGCUCGUCCUUUGACGAGUUCGAGAUCACCGGCUCGACCUACGAGCCCAUCGGUGAAGUCUUCCUCAAGGGCUCCAAGGUGAAGGCCGCCGACUACGAAACCCUGCACGAGCUGUCCACCAUUUGCGUCAUGUGCAACGACUCCGCCAUUGACUUCAACGAGUUCAAGCAGGCCUUCGAGAAGGUCGGCGAGGCCACCGAGACCGCCCUGAUCGUGCUCGCCGAGAAACUGAAUCCCUUCGGAGUUCCCAAGAGCGGCGUUGACCGUCGCUCCUCCGCCAUCGUCGUCCGCCAGGACGUCGAGACCAAGUGGAAGAAGGAGUUCACUCUUGAGUUCUCCCGCGAUCGUAAAUCCAUGUCUUCCUACUGCGUGCCCCUCAAGGCCUCCAAGCUCGGCUCUGGACCCAAGCUCUUCUGCAAGGGCGCCCCUGAGGGCGUGCUCGACAGGUGCACUCACGCUCGCAUUGGUACUACCAAGGUGCCUCUGACCACUGCCAUGAAGAACCGCAUCCUGGACGUGACCCGCCAGUACGGUACCGGCCGCGACACCCUGCGUUGCUUGGCCCUCGCCACCGCCGACAACCCAAUGAAGCCCGAGGACAUGGAUCUCGGCGACUCGAACAAGUUCUUCCAGUACGAGAACAACCUGUGCUUCGUCGGCGUGUGCGGCAUGCUUGACCCUCCCCGCAAGGAAGUUUUCGACUCUAUUGUGCGUUGCCGCGCUGCCGGCAUCCGCGUCAUCGUGAUCACCGGCGACAACAAGGCCACCGCUGAGGCUAUCUGCCGCCGCAUUGGCGUCUUCGGCGAGGAUGAGGACACCACCGGCAAGUCCUACUCUGGCCGCGAAUUCGACGACCUGCCCCUUUCCGAGCAGAAGGCCGCCGUCGCACGUGCCCGUCUCUUCUCCCGCGUCGAGCCCGCCCACAAGUCCAAGAUUGUUGAGUUCCUCCAGGGACAGAACGAGAUCUCCGCCAUGACUGGUGAUGGUGUGAAUGACGCCCCCGCCCUGAAGAAGGCUGAAAUUGGUAUUGCCAUGGGCUCCGGCACCGCCGUCGCCAAGUCCGCCUCCGAGAUGGUGUUGGCCGACGACAACUUCUCUUCCAUCGUGGCCGCCGUCGAGGAGGGCCGCGCUAUUUACAACAACAUGAAGCAGUUCAUCCGUUACCUGAUCUCCUCCAACGUCGGCGAGGUCGUGUCCAUCUUCCUGACCGCCGCCCUCGGCCUGCCCGAGGCUUUGAUCCCCGUGCAGCUGCUGUGGGUCAACCUUGUGACUGACGGUCUGCCCGCCACCGCCCUCGGCUUCAACCCCCCCGAUCUGGACAUCAUGGACAAGCCUCCCCGCCGCGCCAACGAGUCUCUCAUCUCCGGCUGGCUCUUCUUCCGUUACAUGGCUGUCGGCAGCUACGUCGGCGCCGCCACUGUUGGUGCUGCCACCUGGUGGUUCAUGUACAGCCCUGAGGGACCUGGGCUCACUUACUGGCAGCUGACUCACCACCUGUCCUGCUUCGCCGAAAACCCCGACUUCAAGGGUGUUGACUGCAAGAUCUUCCACGACCCUCACCCAAUGACCAUGGCCUUGUCUGUGCUCGUCACCAUUGAAAUGUUGAACGCCAUGAACAGCUUGUCUGAGAACCAGUCUCUGCUUGUGAUGCCUCCCUGGUGCAACUUGUGGCUGUGCGGAGCCAUGGCUCUCUCUUUCUCGCUUCACUUCGUCAUCCUCUACGUCGAAAUCCUCUCAGGUGUGUUCCAGGUCACUCCACUGAACGGAGAAGAAUGGUUAACCGUGAUGAAGUUCUCCAUCCCUGUGAUCCUGCUGGACGAGUCCCUCAAGUUCUGCGCCCGCAAGAUCACUGACGGUGAGCGUGGUUAUUACCCGAGAGAUUUGCAUUGGAUGGGUGUGAUGUGGGGCGUGUAUGCCGUGCUCAUCGUGUACGGACCCAUCUAACACGAGUGUCUUGUGACCAAAAGUAACAAGCAAUUAUUUUAAAACCAACCACGAGGACGAUUUUACUUCAGCUUCCUCAGCCGGCACGUGUGUCAAAACCAAACAAACAAACAAACAAACGAGAUGAAUGAAUGUAGCUGCUGCUCCUCUACUUCUCGCAUUAUAUAUCAAUACACUUCAUCCAAAGAAACACACACACUCUACUCGAAAAGCAUCCGAACGCCUCUUUCAUUUAUUUCUAACACACACACAAACACACACACUCUCUCUUCCUUCGAUGCCGCGGCUGUCCGCCUCUGGUCAAUUUAUAAUUUUUUUUCUGUUAGUGUUCGAGAUGUAUCAUAAUUUAUUGGCUUUUGCGGCUGCUUGCAUUUUGAUUUCGUAGCUUGAGAGAGAAAGAAAGAAAUUAGUCGGGCCUGAUCGGGUGGGAAGGGCGGCGCCAUUUUUUUGAAAAUGGCGACCGGUUUUUUAACGGCACGCCUGGAGGUAAUAAUUUAUUUUGAUUGGACGCCAUUUUUGUUUUUGAAUUUAUUUCUCUCCUUCUUUUUUCAUCCUCCUCUUUACUCUCAUCUCUGCCAAACUGUACGCUAUUACGUUUGAGAAUUUACUAUUUUUUAAUUAAUUGUUUCUGAUGCGUGAACUGCGUUGUGUAUGGGUCGUAAAUCUAUAAUUUUAGUGAGUGCGCGCGCGUUCGUUUCUCGUUUCUCUGGGUGACGAGUUGCUAGUUUGCCUUACGAGACGCCCGGCCUUUUUCGCCGGGCCACACACUCCCCUCUUAGAUUAAAUUAAAUUAAAAUACGAGGUAACGGGUGCAAUUCUAUCUCGGAAAUCAUCAUUCUUUUUACCGUGUCCGACAAAUACACACAAACACACAAUUUUUUGGAUACUUACAGCAUGGUUGUUGUUAUUGUUGUUGAUUUUUCCGAAAGAAAUUGAUUGAUUUGUAUUAAAAAAACAAAAAAUGGAAAAUUUUGCUGUUUGGUUGUAACCGAGUGUGCGUUAUUUUUCCUCCUCGCCCAAAAUCCGGAGCAAGCAAGCGUCUGUGAUUUUGCUGUACUCUCACAUUCACACUCACUCUCGGCGUUGGUGCAGCAAACAAACCAAAUUGUGCGAUGGCGAAUUGAAAAAACAGAAAAAAAUUGUUACUCUGCCGUAGAUUUGAUUGUUUGUAGUUUUCGAUUUACGGAUAUUAAGGCCAGGUGAUAUUUUGUGCAAGCAAUGUAAGUACACCAGUGUGGAUUCAGCAUUAAAAAUUAAGCGCCAAUCCGCCGUUUGCGUGGUGGAUCUACUUCGCACGGCGGAGGAAUGAGCGCGUUCUUACUGGCCGGCAGAAAAGCGUAUACCGCCGCCGGCCAAUCAGAGCGAGCUCGAUCCUCCGCCGAGCGAAAGUAGAUCCGAAAACCCCGCGAACGGCCUGUUUUACCUGAGAAACAAACAUGAAAAAUGAAAAUUAACCGCAUGUCGAGAGAACCAAGACGAAUUGGAGACCAGUUCAGUGCUGCCGUGCCAAUUUGAAGGACUAAUCACUAUACAGACAGACAGACACAGGAGUCGAGUGACGACGCUCCGGCCGUUUUCGCAACCAAGCAAGAAAGAAUGAAACAAAAAAUCAUGAUGUAUUCUUACGCAUAUUGGAGAAAUAAUGUGGCCUACACCUACUAUUAUACUAACAUGUAAUCAAACUACUCUCAAAUCCA